AUGGACGAGAUAACUCGGUCCCUGAAGUCGUUCAGUGAGGCGAUCGACGGCACCUUUUCAACCCUCGCCACCAAGGCGACGACAGGCAUCGCCACCGGCCUCAAGGCCGCCGUCCCGCUCCCUCGCCCGCCCGCCGCCCGCCAACCGCUCAACGGCGGCGCCGCCGCCGCGCGGCCGGCGCCGCAGAUCACGGACGAGGAGCGGGAGGCCGCGCAGAAGCGGUCCGACGCCGCGCUCGCGGCGCUCGACCAGGGGUACUUCUCGCAGUCCUUUGACCCGUUGGCCCACGAACUCGCGGCGCUAGCGGAGGACGCCAAACAAGAUGACGUGGACGCCGUCGUGGAGCGACUAACGGCCGCCGUGGACGUGGUGAGUGCCAAGCUGAAGCGCCACGUGCUGAAGCACCAGGACAAGCUCAUCCAGGGCGUCACCAACGUCACCAGCGUCGACGGCGACGUAAAGGCGGCGUUCGUGAUGGUCCAGGCGUCGCGGCAGCAGCUGCGCAUGGCGGCGGAGGAGGUGGCGGCGCAGAUGCAGGUGGUGGGCGCGACGCGUAAGAAGCAGCGGCUGAUGGGGGCGCUGGAGCUGGCCAGCAGGGUGAAGCAGGCUCGAGACCUCCACCACUCGCUUAAGAGCUACCAAGAAUCCGGCGAGUUUGGCGAGGCGAUCCUGCAGUGCGCGGAGUGCCACCAGCAGCUGGACGCGGGCGGCCCCCUGGCGCAGCUGCGCGCCGCCCCCGAGCUGCGGGCGCUCGUGCAGCGCCACUACUACGACACCCUCGCGCGCCUGGACGCGGCGCUGCAGCGGUGCUGCGCGGAGUUCAGCGCUGAGGGGUACAGCAAGAUGCUAGAGGGCUACCUGCUGCAGGGCAUCGCGCCCGCGGCGCUUGCGGGCAAGGUGCUCACCGCCUUCAAGGAGACCGUCCACGACGCUGCAGUGCGCGUGGUCAGAGGGACGGUCCUGGCCUCAAAGGCCGCCGCGGCCGACGCGGCCGCCGCCCGCGCAGCGCAGCUGCUUGACGGCUCCGCGUCCUUCCCGCAGCUCUGCAGGCAGCUGCCCGCGGCCGCGGUGCGGCCGUGCCUGCAGCAGCUGUCGGAGCUGCUGUUUGAAAUCGUGGCCAGCUACCAGCUGAUGGCUGAGUUCCAUGAGGCCAACCAGCAGGCGCAGGCGCAGCAAAAGCAGCAGCAUGGGGAGCAGCAGCAGCAGCAGCAGCAAGGCGGCGGCGCGGACGGCGGCCAGAUGGAGGCGGUGCAGGCGGCGACGCGCGGGCUGCUGCAGGCGGUCGCGGGGGCGCUGAGGGCGGGGCGCGCUGAGGUGGCGGACGCGGCGGCUGUGAAGCUGAGGGAGCUGCUGCUGGUGCCGGAGAUGGCGAGGGGGGAUGAGGUCAUGCAGGUUGUCGGCUGGAGCGAAGCGCUGGCGGCCGUCGGCGACGCCUUUGUGGGGGGCCCCAGCGGCCUGCGCACCGCGCUGACUGGCUGCUACGGCGCGCUGCUGGAGGGCUACCACCGCUCCAACAUGGAGAGCCUGCGCCACCUGCUGGCGGCGGAGCAGUGGGGUGCCCUCCCCGGCGGCGGCGGCGGCGGCGGCAUCGAGCGCGCCGUGCGCGCGGGCCCGAUCGCGGCGGCGGCGGCGGAGUGGGCGGGACGGGACCUGCAGGGGUGGCUGGAGAGCGGCAACCCGUUUGCUGGCAUUCAGUCCAGCGCCGACUUCGCAGCAGCCGGCGACGUCGCGCCCGGCGGCGCCGGCGCCGUGGCGGGGGCGCGCACAUCGACCGCGUCGUCGCGGCGCGUGCUGGCUUGGCUGCGCAACUACGCAGCGCUGCUUGCGCCGCUGCCGGCGCAGCGUGCCCAGGCGUGGCGCCACAUCAGCGAGCUGUUUGACAACUACCUGCUGGCCUGCUUCGUGCUGUUCAGCGGGGUCACCCUGGAGACGCUGGCCUGGCAGGUGAGGCCACGGCGAUGA